UGACUUGGGGCUUAUCAAAGGCACGAUAAUAUCGAAGCAAGCGAACCGCAAGCAACAAGAAUUGAGGCGACCACAGCACCAAUAAUUAUACGACUAAUAUUUGAUUACCAACCCCGUCACUUGUUAAUAAUUACUCCUAGUCAAAGCAGAAAGGAAGAAUGGGUACGCCGAACACAACGCCAUAUAAGCCGUCGCCUCUCUCCUUUGGAUCCCCCCGUUCCUCUCCCUUCCGGCGCCAGUCGUUUGUCUCCUCGCCGCCCCCUUCAUCACCUGGACCGGUGAUCCUGCCAAAUAUACCCGGAAGCCCGAGUAGCAGAGGAACCACCCCGACACAUUCUCCUAGCAAAUUGAGCCAUUUUCAAGCACUGGAAAGAGAGAAUGGAGAUAUAUUUACGAACGGUAGCAAUGGGCUACGAUCCUCCCCUGGCCCCAGGUCGCCGCAACUUUCACCUACAAAAGGAGCCAAUGCUCAAGAUCGAUUUUCAGCCAUGGGAAGACCCAAAACACCUGAACGGUCGCCAAAAAACAACGAUCUACUGAGCAAGAUACCUCCGGCGCAGCUUCGGGAGAUGCGUGAGGCGUUCCAAGUACUAGAUCGAGAUAACGACGGCCAAGUAAACAGGGAAGAUGUAGCUGAUGCUUUGAGCAACCUUGGUUAGUUGGUCAACUUUUUGACGUUUGAUUUAUAUCCGGGCUAUUUUGUCUUGCUAACCCGUAUGUGUUUAGGUGAAGAUUCAUCUUCUUUGGCAACAGGUGCAUACUUUCCACCAAACGGUCCGCGAUCAAUCAACCUUCCAACCUACUUAAAUCAGAUCGCUACCCAUUUAGCACCAUUGUCAUCUCCUCAAGAGCUCCUUAACGCCUUUGCAGCAUUUGACGAAGAUGACAGUGGUCAGAUUGACCUGGCAGAGCUUCGAGAUGCUUUACUUCACACCAGCCCUGAAGGAGACGAGAGACCGUUGACAGAGAGCGAAAUAAACGAAGUCAUACAGGGAUUCACCGGCAGACGCGCAUUUGGUAAUAAAGGGAAAGCUUCUUCUCUUACGGGGUCGAGAAGUCGAGCUGAGGUGUUCAGGUAUGAGGAGUUUGUUGGAAGUUUAACCGGUGGCCCGGGAGACCCAAAGGCAGACAAAUCAAAAUCAAAAGAAAGCUAAGUAUCAUCUGUGAAUUCCCAUAACGUGAUAGUAUUAAUUGCAUCGGCAGCUGGGUAGUGUCGAUGUUAAUGUUUAUAGUUGUGAAUAAUAUAAUGACUGAACCACACUGUCUUGCGCCGUUUUCAUGACGUAUCUGAACCUCAAACCGGCUCGAGGAUGUGUUCACAUCUAAAGCUUCUUCGCCCUAUAUAGAUCAUCAACCACCCGCUUCUGUUAAGAGUACCCCCUCUCCCUUCCCCUCCCCGGCUCUGUCGCUGUCGUUGCAGUCGUCUUCCCCCUUGCUCUUAACAGUACCAACACACCCCUUUAAACUCUAAAUAAGCUUGAUAGUGCCAAGAUCUCUAAUCACUCACGUGACCACUAUAAACUGGAACCUUGGAAACGUCCCCAGAAAGUUGGCUGGAUCGCCCGACGCGCUGGGCAAAAAUAG